AUGAGAGCCAUGCACCCCAGCCGCCAACACCAUGGAGGGCCCAAAAGGGACUCCUCCAAUCUGUCUUUAGUAAGGCUAAUUGACGAAUGGAGUUGCGUCGAAGCCAAGUCCUAUCCGAUAAAAGAUAUAACUACAUUAAGACGAAUCCAAUAUGAAAUUAAAAGAUUUAUUUAUACAAAUAUUUUACACAAGACGAGAGUGAACUUCCUGCUGUUCCAUACCUUUUACAGUUACAAGUACAACUACGAGGUGCUCUACGUGGGCAACCAGUACGCCUUCGACAUGUGUGGGGGUGGCGGUGGGGACAUGUACGAUGUGCUCAAGCGCCACUACAAGACAGGAGAAGCAUCUGGGGGGAAGCAGGAUGUGAUAUCAGAUUUGAGCGAUGAGUGUAGUACGGAUGCUGGGGGGGUGGGUGACAAUUCAGCCUAUGGUUGCUCCACCGCUACUUGCAUAAUGGGGGCCGCUUCCCACUCUGGGGAGGAUUGUUCUUUUCUCCUGGGGGGAACACGCGGGAGGGACAUGCUUUCCCCGCAGAUAUACACAUCCAUGGUCUCCUCCUGUCUCGUGCUCCUCGAAAGGAAGUACUACCUCGACUUUAUCUGUUUGUACCUUUACAUGAAGGCCUACUUCGCGUUAGACACCGUGUGUGUGAAAAAUGGGACCGUCUUAAAGUUUACAUGCCAUGAGAGUUUCCUUCAUAUGCUACUGCUGUUGUCCGACCUGACCACGUCGAGCGAUACCCACGCGGGAGGCACACAGUUGAGAGGCGGCAGACACUUCACACAGGGACACCCCGGAGACCCAUCACAUCACCACCCACGUGCAGACACAAACGACAUGUAUAGUUUAAAGACGUUUGAGGAGGACCUGCGAAUUAAUAAUUUAUCCCAGUUUUCAUAUAACGUUCUUUUCCUCCUAAGGGUGAACAUAAAUUUUAAUGAGUUGAAUUACGACUUGAGUACAGAUGUGUAUGACUCUCUAUGCAACUUCGUCAUGUCAUUUAGGGAUGCGUUCAUGAGUAGGUUCGUGGCCAGACUGAACCAUCUAGAUGGGCUGACCAUGAAGUGUGGUCAUCACAUAUGGGGGAGAGCCCAACAGGGUGACAGCCAUCAUGUUAGUGGUAAUGAAGUGGGGACCGCUUUUGGCAUGGAAAAUAUUAUCCCCGUCGACCGAGGCUGUAAUGUGGAACCCCCCACGUGGAGCGCUUCUAGCUUAGCAAGCGGGAACCACGCUUCUCUCUUCCUUCCACACAUGAGUGACAUGUCGGUGUAUGAAAAGGGGGGUGUCCUCUUCACGCACUUCACCGAUCGGAAGGGGGCAUUGCUGGGGAAAUCCACGCUGGACAUUUUCUCUGCACCCCAGCUCAGUGCUAAGGAAGCUUGCUAUUACAACUUCAGUCUGUUCAACGAGGGAGAGAUGAGUCGUGGACGGGAGAACCUUUGGACGGAGGUACUUUCCGAUGUUCAUAAUAUGAAUAACGGAGGCCAGCAUUCCCCUGCGCCCCUUCCUCUGGCGGGGGCUAACGCAAGGCAUGCUUUCACCCUGAGAGGGGCAGACAUAUACCAGGAGGAAGAGUUGUCACAUAUGGACAGCGAAUCCAUCACGACAUGCACAUACACGUACACAUACACAUAUAUAAGAAGGAACCAUGCGAAGAAGAUCAAACAGGAUGAGGACAAGUACUUCUUAACGAAUGAAGAAAGGACAUGGGGAAGGGGAAGUAGUCCCAACGGAGGAAUGACCGAUGGAGGGGAAUCCUACUUGUGGCACAAGUCUUAUGCAAACGAUACAUGUUCUCUCAAUGCAAUAGAAAAAAAAAAACAUAAUAAUAAAAAAAAAAAAAAAUACAAAAAACAUUUUUUAAGCAUCAUUAACAGCAUCUACGUUACUCUCCACAAGAAUGUCAUUUGCAGUUUAAACAGUAGGAUAGAGGAGUAUCGUUUUUUUUCUUUAAAACCUUUUUUUCAUCUUCUAAGUAACAAUGAGCCUUGGUGUGUGGAAAAGGGAGAGCUAUUAACGACAUGCAAGCAUGAAAUAAUGGCAUGUCUGCUGGGACAUGAGAGUGAAAUGUUUCCUAGUCGACACACCUUUGUUAAUAGAGCUCAAACAGGCAAUAUAUACAUUAGUAAAAAUUUCGUAUGUGUUAACCAAGGUGUUGCCUUUUGGCUGGACAAGAGAAGGGAGGAUGUUUUUCGCCUACGAUUUGAGCCCUUUCGAAAUUUGUUUUCUUCCCCCUUUUACCAGAGGUACUUUCACCUCUUCCUGUUCUUUGCCAGGGUGGGAACGCUGGUGCGGUACGUGCAGGCGUUCGUGCGCGUCUUCGCGGGGCUGCUUUUCCGAGGGGGGCUCGACGGCGACAACGUCGACAGUGACAACGGUGCGGGUGACGGUGCCAAGCGGGAGGGAACAUCGCCGAGCGAGUCGCGCCGAAGAAGGAAGGAAGAGCGCAGCCGAGGAGGACACAACAAGGAAGACGUAAUUCCAAUAGGAGAAGUAUUCACCACGUUUAUCAACUCCGUGGCCAAGUACCUAGACUUCUAUUCAGAACAAACAAGGAGAGUCAUUGUGCAGGGAAAUGCCAACACCCCCAUGGACAUAUACAACGGGGUUAAGAGGCACACAGAGUGCAUUGAGCUUCUGGCAUUCCUCUGUUCCAGUUACACACACGAAAAGGAGGAAGUAUUUCGAAAAAAAUAUUUCGUCUUUUAUAACAACCUCCCCCCUGAUGGGACAAUCAAUUCGAAUCUGAAGCAAGUGACCGAGUACAAUUCCCUCCUCAACGUUAUUUAUGGCUUGUCACACAAGGGAGGUGAUUAUAAAAUGUAUAAUGACCGUGAGAAGAGAAUGAUAUGUGGUAAGCCUGUCGACUUGUUCAUUUUCCCCAGGGGCAGCGAGUUGCUGAGUUAUGUAUACAGGUAUUACUACCUCUUCCUUAGUAGUAGAAGGAAGCACCUGGCGAAGAUGUGCAAAUAUCUUUUCCUCCGCAUACUAAAACCCCUUCUGCACUUCCUUUAUGCUUAUGUUUUCCUGGGGGUCAACAGGGACUUCCACCACGAGUAUAUAAUUAGCAAACAGGCGUCACAGCAGUUCUUUUUCGUCCUGCACAAGGGGGUUAGGUACUACGACCGGGGGCGCCUCCUCUCCGACUCGGUCCUUUCACUCCCCAUUUUUUUAAAGUACGCCAUAGGGAUUGUGUACAGGGCAGGCGAGCUGUCCAGAAUUUUAAGUUCAAUCAGCGAAGAAGACUUCCAGCUAGCCAUUCCCAAAAUCUCCUAUGAUAAAAGCUGGGUAGCCAAAAAAAAAAAAAAAAAAAAAAAAAAAAAAAAAAAAAUGACCCAAAAUGACGACCAACACAUGAACGGAAGUGUAAACCAAAUGGAAAGUCCUAAGGAUGUAGACCUGCCAAACUUGAUGUGCUCCUUGUCGGCUGCCACUUUAGAACAUUUUUUUCAUUUGCACACAAACCCGAGUCGAAAGAAGUUGAGGAGGCCAAGUGAACGGUUCGAAAACAUCUUCAUCGAGCAUUGGAAUGAUGAAGAAAGCGCCAAUCAUGUUUUCUCCACAACGAGGAGGAAUAUAAGGAAGCGGUUGCAGAGGUACGUCCGCUCCUUCCGCAGUGCUCUCAAUCGGCCCGAUGGUCCCACCAGGAGUCCAAGCACAAAUCGUUUUGACGUCACCUUGAGUAAGGAUAACGAGGACAGUGAUGCGAAUCGCUCAACUGGAGUGAUGGACAAGUACUUAUAUAAGGAAGAUGCGAGGAGGAGGAAUAUCCUCCCUACGUGUAAACUUACAAAGAUGAUAAAAUUAAGGGUCAUCGCUAAGCGGGGGAAGAAGUCACGUGUGGGGGGGCGAAGCGGUAUGGGACGAUGCGGUAGGAUACGGUGCCGCAGGAGAGACACAAACCCGAAGCAACAGGAAGAAGGCUCAUCAGACUGGAGUAGCGACGUUACUUCGUGUCCUCUGUCCGAUAACACAACUGCGUCGUCACACCGUGGUGGCAGGGCAUGGAAGGAGGAGGUGCCUUUCAAAUUGUCCCACUUCCAUUGUACCCUUAACAAUGGACGGCGAGACGAUGGGGAAGAGACGCGCAACAUCGUCACCCCGUUUAGCCUCAUCACGAAUAACGAACUGGACGAGGGUGACACUUUUCAGGAGCGAAGAGACCUAGCAACGUUCCACAUAGACUACGAGGAUGAUGGGGGGAAGCUCUCCAGUGCAGUACAAUUAGGAAGGAGACCCAACCACUGCUACUACAACCAUUCCCCAACGGCGAAAUGUGUCACGUGGACCAAAUUGGUGAGUCCGUGUGGGAGCGACAGUGGAGGUAUGGGUAACAAACGUGACUUGCUUCAGGACGAUGACACAGAAAGUGUACUUCCCCCACCGAUCGGUUCACGCAAAAUGGAAAUUAAAAGUAUUAAUUAUUACCUGUACAAAAAUCUUUACACACCAAUUAAGGAGCAUUACGACAAUGUCAAUAGGAUUCUCGUGUGGUCCUUUUUAUUUAAACACAACUUACUAGCAUUCGUUUGUCUGUUGAAGUGCACCAUGUUUUUCGAAGCUGAAGGGAAGCAAAAGAUUUUUUCAUCCCUCUUGAGUCAUAACAAGAAGGGUGAGUCGGACGACUUUGGGGGUAGCCUCAUCAGUAGGAACCAUUUUGAUGAUCCCUCCGCUUAUCACAUGAACGCCAAUAUUGGUGCGUGCAGGACGUUAGAGACGACGGGAUUAAAGACAAUACACAGAAACAAAAUAUUGCACCAUCGAGUAAACACAUGUUGUUACUCCGCCUCAAAUAUAGCAACCAAGUUCUCUCACAUCCAUGUACACAUACAAAUUCCUCAUCCAUUAAAAAUAUUUUUUGAAGCAAGUGUGAUACUUUGCUACACCAGUGUGUAUAAAUUAACAGCUCUGCUUUUUUUUACUCUACAAAAUUUAAAUGGCGUUUUUGGAGUUUUUCGUUUUUUUUCUAAGCCGCUGAUUUACCAAUAUGGGAGGGACACUGGUGAGGGGGAAGGGAACAGGAAGAGGAAGAGGCAGAGGGACAAGGGGGGUAUGCACUUGUUCAGCUCAAGCGACUUUAAGUACAUGGACGUGAUUAACAGCAUCGCGCGGGGGAACGCCUCCAGCGGCGACGAUGAAGGCAGCGAAGAAGUCCACGAUGACAGCGACGGACUGAGACAACGUGGCAAGCCUCCCCGGAACUGCCUCCUCUCCAGGAACACUUGCAGCGCGCACUUAACGCGGGAACGGUUCUUCCUCAUCAUUGGCUUUGAUGAGCAUUUCACGCGCCACCCAAGUAUACCCAAAUUUUUGAGCCACCUCAACAUAAUGAAUGACUUAUUCAAAGAUUUAAAUCACAUAAGAGUUGAAAUGGAUUUCAUUCUCAGGAGCAUUUACGACUACAUAGUAAAUACGAACGUCGUUCGAAGUUAUUUUUUCUUUUUUAAUAAUGUGUUGAAGAUAGGAAGGUUUUGCCAUUUGAUUGAAUUUCAUAAACGUCUAGCUGAGCACCUUCAUCAUUUCUCCUUUCUGUCUCCUGAAUUUGUUUCACUCAACAGAAUAAUUAAUAACAUUGUUAAUCUUGUGCAUGUGUUUAAGAGCAUCAUGGAUUCCCUGACAUGGGUAGAUGUGGACUCUCAAGAGGAGUUAGUAAACUUUUCGCAGACCUUCCAAGAGCACACUAAGAAGCUAGAACAAAACAUUAUUUUACUUACUUCUGCUCAUGUGCAGGAGUUUAUUCGAUCCUUCUAUGCCAGUAGGAAUGAGUUAAUUGUACACAUUCGGGAGUUUCGCAGCGGGCCCCUCGACUGCAUCUACAACAAGUUUUUCUUCAACGGAUUCUACGCCCGCAUGUUUGGGGAGGACGACUGA